ACACAAACAGAUUGAUAGAGAGAGAUCAAGUGAUUAACAAUUGGUAGGUAGCUAAGAUAAGCUAAGAUGACAUCGUUCAUGGAAGCAGUGCAGCCGCCGCUGUUUCCAACGAGUACGAUGGGCGCCCUGGCUCUGGGCCUGGCCGCCGUCGUCGUCAUCGUGCUUGUGCACGUCGCCAUGAACGCCUUUGGCCGGCGCGGGUUUCCCCCGAGCCCGGCCAGCCUACCAGUGAUCGGGCACCUCCACCUGCUCCGGCCGCCGGUGCACCGCACCUUCCACGAGCUCGCCGAGCGUCUCGGCCCCCUGAUGCACGUCCUUCUCGGGUCGACGCACUGCGUGGUGGCGAGCUCGGCCGACGUGGCGGCGGAGCUGAUUCGCAGCCACGAGGCGAAGAUCCUGGACCGGCCGCUGACGGUGGUGACCCGGCAGUUCGCGUACGACUCGGCCGGCUUCGUGUUCGCGCCCUACGGCCCGCACUGGCGCUUCGUGAAGCGGCUGUGCAUGUCGGAGCUUCUCGGCCCGCGCACGGUGGAGCAGCUGCGUCCUGUGCGCCGCGUCGGUCUUGUGUCUCUGCUUGGCAGCGUGCUCCAUGCUGCGCCCAGGACGGUGGACCUCACCCGCGAGCUCAUCCGCAUGUCCAACACGUCCAUCAUCCGUAUGGCCGCGAGCACGGUGCCGGGCACCGUGACGGAGGAGGCGCAUGAGCUGGUCAAGGUGGUGGCGGAGCUGAUCGGUGCCUUUAACGCUGACGACUACAUCGCCUUGUGCCGUGGGUGGGACCUGCAGGGCCUGCGAAGGCGGGCCGCCGACGUGCACCGCCGGUUCGACGCGCUGCUGGAGGAGAUCAUAAAGCACAAGGAGGAGGCGAGGGCGGCGAAGAAGAAGGAGCUGGAGGUAGACGGAGCCGGAGGAGGCGGCAGUGGAAAGGACCUGCUGGACAUCCUGCUGGACAAGGCGGAGGACGGCGCGGCGGCGGUGAAGCUCCGCAGAGACAACAUCAAGGCCAUCAUCAUCGACGUGGUUACUGCCGGUUCCGACACUUCGGCAGCCAUGGUGGAGUGGAUGCUGGCGGAGCUGAUGAACCACUCGGAGGCCCUGCGCAAGGUGCGGGACGAGAUCGACGGCGUGGUGGGCCGGGACAGGAUCGCCGGCGAGGCCGACCUGCCCAGCCUGCCGUAUCUGCAGGCAGCGUACAAGGAGACGCUGCGGCUGCGGCCGGCGGCGCCCAUCGCGCACCGGCAGUCCACGGAGGAGAUCCACAUCCGAGGGUACAGGGUGCCGGCGCAGGCGGCAGUGUUCUUCAACUUGUGGUCCAUCGGGCGCGACCCGGCCUACUGGGACGCGCCGCUGGAGUUCAGGCCGGAGAGGUUCCUCGCCGGCGGCGGUAGCGAGGGCCUGGAGCCGCGCGGGCAGCACUUCCAGUUCAUGCCGUUCGGGAGCGGGAGGCGCGGAUGCCCCGGCAUGGGGCUGGCGCUGCAGUCGGUGCCGGCAGUAGUGGCGGCGCUCGUGCAGUGCUUCGAUUGGGAAUGCUCAACGGGGUGGAUGGAGAUAGACAUGGAGGAGGGCGACGGGCUGGUGUGCGCGCGGAAGCAUCCGCUGCUGCUCCACGCCCACCCGCGCCUCACCCCCUUCCCGCCGCUCCUCUAGCCCAUCUAUCAUUCUAUCCCUAGCUUCCAUUCACUCAACAAAACUUGUAUGACCUACUACUACACAUGGAUCAAGGCGUGCUAAUGGGUUGGAUAAAAAUGGAUUAAAUGGGUUGGUUUUAAUUUGGAUUGUGUUUGGUUUGGUGUAAAUGGAUUGUUACUUCAAAUGGUUUGGAUUGGAUUGGGUUAUGAAGACAAAUGGAUUGAUAUGGACUGGAUUUGGUUAACUGA